GAAACCUCGUUAUCGUUGUUCGACUCGAGAAGAAAGAAUACGUGCUCGAACGAGCCAUCCCACCUGUCCCGGCCGCCAAUGCUUCUAGAGCUAUCAAAGAUACUUAUGAGAAGCAUGUUGAUGAUGACAAUCAGGUGGCAUGUCUCAUGUUGGCUACGAUGACUUCUGACCUUUAGAAACAUCACGAGAGUAUGAAGGCGUACGAUAUGAUCAUACACCUAAGACAGCUCUACCAAGGACAAGCUAGGCAUGAGAGAUUCCAAAUCUCCAAAGCUCUCUUUAGUUGCAAAUUGUCAGUUGGAAACCCUGUUGGUCCGCAUGUUCUCAAGAUGAUUGGCUACGUCCAAACUCUUGAGAAAUUGGGUUUCGAACUAAGGACUGAACUUGCAACUGAUAUGAUUCUGCAAUCGUUGCCAGAGUUGUACAAACAGUUUGUGGUUAAUUACGAGAUGCAUGAACUCGAUAAACAACUACCAGAACUUUUGAAGAUGCUGCAAACUGCCGAAGAGAGCUUGACGAAAGGAAAGGGGAACUCUGUCCUUCUAGUUCAAGGAGGAAAAGGCAAGAAGAAGUUCAAGAAAGCAAAGAAGAAUGGACCUAAAGGCAAGGGUAACACCGAACCAAAGUCAAAUUCUUCUAAGCUCAAGCGUAAAGGUGGAGUGGCCAAAGAUUCCAUUUGUCAUCACUGUGGUGAAGUUGGCCACUAGAAGAGGAAUUGCAAGCAGUAUUUGGCAACCAAGAAAAAGGGUGAAGCUUCUGCUUCAGGAUUUAAUUUUUUUUAUCUGACCUUUCUGAAUUUUUCUAUUACUUUUCUAACUUAAGUCUGUAUAUUAAAAGUAAUCUAGAACUAACAAAAAAAAUCAGUAGGCCCAAGUAAUAAAAAUAUUCAGAACUUUAAACAACUUAUUCUUGCUCUUGUUUUGUCUCUUUUAAAUUUUUCCUUGUUGAAGUUCAGGUUUUAAAUAGCUAAAUAGAUGGGAUAUUAAUGAACUUCUUAUGCGAAUUGCAGACGGAAACUUCUUUCCAGAGAGAAAAAGAACAAAGCUAUGCAUAUUUACAUGCAAGACUCACGUUCCAGAAUUGGAACAAAUUGUAGUGCAACAUGCCGGAGAACCUGAUUUCAAGUCUGAUUGCAUGGGCCAAAGUAAAUUAUCACGGAGAUCAUCACGAACAAACACAGUGAAACAUU